AUGGAGUGGAGACAGUUCAUCAUAAAGUCAGAGAGUAACGGGUCAACCAUCUACAAAGGCCACUGUAUAGACCUGCUGGACAUAAUGGCCUACCUGCUUAAUUUCACAUACGUCUUAGUGGAACCUCCUGACCGACGCUGGGGUGUUGAGAUCGACGGCCACUGGGACGGUAUCGUACGUCAACUCAUCGACAGGGUAGUGGAUUUUACGGUUGCUCCCUUGGCGAUGUCCUCAGAACGGCAGCGCGUGAUCGACUUCCUAUCCACGCCUAUCUCAUAUGAGUAUUCUGACGUAGCGUUCAGACGGCUCGACCAGACCAUGUCAAAAUGGCGUCUCUUACUGGACUUGUUUCACCCCAAGGUCUACUUAUGCCUGGCGGUAGCUCUAGUCACAGUGAGCUCUAUCUUGGCCUACAUCGUGCACCGGACUGAAGGAAGAACACAUGGUUUUGUGAUGUCUUUUGCUGUUUCAUUGUGGCAUAUGUACGCAUGUAUGUGUCAGAGAGGUGGACUUAUUCCUCGAACGGGGUCCGGGCGGAUGUUGGUCUCAUCGUGGUGUUUGUUCUCUGUGAUCAUGGCGUCAAUCUUCAGCGGUAAACUCAUAGCUACUCUUGCUGUCCCUAAAACGCCUACUCCCUUCCAUUCCCUCACAGAGUUGUUGGACAGUGAGCAGUACACGUUGGGGAUCGUUGGGGGAGAAGCCCAUCAGCAGUUUAUAUCGGAAUCCACAGAUGAUGUCCUCUUGAGGUUGUGGCACACGAUCAUGAAGCACAACAAGACCGACCCUUCAGUAACAAGUAGUAACGUUUCCAAACACAUGGAUCGGGUGUUACUCGGCGAGUAUGCCUUGGUUUACACUCGGUAUAAAGAGGAGACGCCGUGGAGCUGUGACGUGGACUUCCUAGGACAAAAGAUAGCGGUCUUCACUGCAAGUCUGGCCAUGCCGAAAAACUCCCCGAUUGCUUCAGAUUUUAAUAAGUUGUUAAUGAUUCUAACAGACCGAGGCAUUAUACAGAAGCUAGAGGAUAAAUGGUUGUCGGCAAGUAGCACAUGUGCCUCAACAACGUCACGCACUCGGCCAGUCACGGAACAGGACCUUCAGAGCGCUUUCUAUACCCUCAUAGUAGGCAUCGUAUCAGCCUUUGUUGUGCUGGGCAUAGAACUAUUGUAUGUACGUAUUGUCAAGGCUUCCUAGAGCUCAUUCAUCAACCAACCCAUGCUUGUGUACGGAACAUUUCCACAGGGACUCUUGACGAUUUGAAUGCGUGUGUGUGUAUUUUCAUAUAUUUUCGAUCAUUACGAAAGUAAAGGCUUUUGUUGUUUCUGCACA